CUGUUCUCAUCUCACCAAUGCACAGUCUCACUACAAUUGUUGUUGUAUUAUCACAAAACAUCAAAAUGAAAUUCGCUUUGAUCGUCUUAAUAUGUGCUCUAGCAUCAUCCGCCGUGCUCGCCCAGAAGGAAGGCAUUGCCUACGGUCCUGAGGCGAUACAGGAGGCCCAGAGCAGGCAGCUUAUACCCGCCGGAGCCCAAGUCGAUGGCGUCAUAGAAGGAAUUGAAGUCGUUGCCCGUGAAAACAUACCAGCCAAUGAACGCAUCGAGCUGGCCCAACUACUCAGUGGUCAAUUUCCACCAGAGGCCAUAGCAGAAUUACAGGCUCGCAUUGACCAGAUUGCCUUUAGAAAAUAAAUAACUAAAUUUAAUUUUUUAUCUAUGAGAAUUCUACACAUUUCACGCACCUAUCAACCGAAUUAUGUGUAUGAUAAAUAAUUUUACAGAGUGGUAACUUUUGGAAGACUUAUACAUGCAUUUGGUUAUGGAUGAAACUAUAUAAACCGCAACAAAUUAAUGGAUAAGUUUUCAAAGAGUAAUUUUUAUGCUAUUGCAUUAAAUACUCCUAUUUUUUAUUUAUCAUAUAUAUAAUUUGUGGUUAAUAUUGGGAAAAAAGU